GGGCACGCGGCGGAAGGAGCGAGGCGGGAGGGGCUCCGACUUCCGUACGAAUGGAAGGUGGCCGAGACGGCAGGGGUAAGGUGGGGCGCUGAGCGCGGGACGGCCGACUGGGAACGGAUGUAAGAGUACAGCAGAAAAAUGUCUACUGAACCAACUUCUUGUACAAGUUUGUCCACUGUUCAGAAAAUAGCACUGGGCCUCGGGAUCCCAGCCAGUGCAACAGUUGCAUAUAUCCUAUACCGCAGAUACAGGGAAAGCAGAGAAGAGCGGCUGACUUUUGUUGGGGAAGAUGACAUCGAGAUAGAGAUGCGAGUUCCCCAGGAGGCUGUGAAGCUCAUCAUUGGCCGGCAAGGAGCCAAUAUCAAGCAGCUGCAGAAACAGACGGGUGCCCGGAUUGAUGUGGACACAGAGGAUGUAGGCAAUGAGCGAGUGCUGCUCCUCAGUGGUUUUCCUGUUCAGGUGUGCAAGGCCAAAGCAGCAAUCCAUCAGAUCCUGACCGAGAACACCCCAGUGUCUGAGCAGCUUUCAGUUCCCCAGAGAUCUGUGGGCAGAAUCAUAGGGAGAGGUGGCGAGACAAUUCGUUCUAUCUGUAAAGCCUCUGGAGCCAAAAUUACCUGUGACAAAGAACCAGAGGGGAUGUUACUACUAUCAAGACUUAUAAAAAUCUCAGGAACACAGAAGGAAGUGACAGCAGCCAAGCAUUUGAUCCUGGAGAAAGUUUCAGAAGAUGAAGAACUUCGGAAGAGAAUUACCCAUUCUGCAGAAACCAGAGUCCCACGCAAGCAACCCAUCAGUGUAAGAAGAGAGGAAGUAACAGAGUCUGAUGGAACUGGAGAACCAGCUUUAUGGGAAAAAACUGUUAGUAGUGUGGAGCCGGUUGUACUGCUGGCGGUUCCUCCCUGCAAAGGAGGUGGUGACGUGGCUGUUGUAGGGCCAGAAGAGGAUUCCUGGGAGAAACCUGAUGGUGACAACUUUCAUAAGUCUGGAGCCCAGACCAAUCCAGAGAUGUCCAUGUUUGAAAUCCCCAGUCCAGACUUCAGUUUCCAUGCUGAUGAGUUCCUAGAAGUCUAUGUCUCUGCUUCUGAACAUCCUAACCACUUCUGGAUCCAAAUCAUUGGUUCCCGCAGCCUGCAGUUGGAUAAGCUUGUCAAUGAGAUGACCCAACACUAUGAGAACAGUCUGCCUGAAGACUUGACUGUACAUGUAGGAGACAUCGUAGCAGCACCUUUACCUACAAAUGGUUCCUGGUAUCGAGCCCGGGUCCUUGGCACCUUGGAAAAUGGGAACCUGGACCUUUACUUUGUUGACUUUGGAGAUAAUGGAGAUUGCCCACUGAGGGACCUCAGGGCACUCAGGAGUGACUUCCUAAGCCUUCCGUUUCAAGCAAUAGAGUGCAGUCUGGCACGGAUUGCCCCCUCAGGUGAACAGUGGGAAGAGGACGCUUUGGAUGAGUUUGACAGACUCACUCACUGUGCUGACUGGAAGCCCCUCGUGGCCAAGAUCUCCAGCUAUGUCCAGACUGGGAUCUCAACUUGGCCCAAGAUAUAUUUAUAUGAUACUAGCAAUGGGAAGAGAGAGCAUCAUUCCCUUUCUUUCCAGAAACUUGAUAUUGGGUUAGAAUUAGUUCGUAAAGGAUAUGCAGUUGAGCUUCCUGACGACAUGGAAGAAAACAGAGCUGCUGUGUUGCAGGAUGUGGCUACAGAAACAGAUGUCUCUCUUAGCAGUAUGCGCACUGAAACCAAGAAGAGCUCUGGAGAGAUAGCAAAUACCCUGUCCUGCCUCAGCUUAUCAGGAUUUGGUGCCUGGAGAGAGGAGCCUAUGAUAGAGAUCUAUGCAGUUAUUAUUAUACACAUGAUCUGGCUUGCCGUGGACCAAAUGCAUUUUUCUCCUUCCACUGGACUACAAGAAAGAGUGUGGGGUAGAGGAAGACAAAUAUAUGCCCCUACUCCAUCCCACAUCCCCCUUCUAGUGUUUGGGUAUUUCUGUGUUACUUCAGGCUACUCAGCAUCCAUCUUGUUCCCUUCAGUCAUAAAGUACACUACUGCUAGGCUGUGUCCUUUGUGAGGCUAGGAAACAGCCAGGGUUUGGUCACUGUAAGUGAUGACUGCAGAUGGCUAACUCACUUCAUCAGGCAACUCUGGCAAAGGGAAGAUUUUGAGUGGUAAACUCGAAGACUGCAGUUAAGACAAAGGCAAAAAUCAACAUAAUCACAUUAAAAGGCCUCAGGAAGUGGGAAGAGCAUACUGUCUCCCAGCCUCAACUACUGAUGUUAUUGGAGACAGGUUUUUUAAACUGCUCCAGCAAUUUCCCUGUAAACUUUAGUUAAAAUACAUGUAGACAAGGAGAGAGUAACUCAGGAAAUACUCCAAACUGUUAGUAUAGUAUCUAUAAUACAGAUAUACACACAUAUCCAUUGAGAGAAAGAGAAUGUAAAUAGUUCUUUAAGUCACUUGAGGGAUUCUUUGUUGAAUAAAGUUCUCAAGAAAACUA